AAAUAAAUGGGAUGCUAAGCUUGGUAUGGAUUCAUUGGUGGUGGUACCUAUCUCUCAAGCUGCUGCACGUCAAAGGGCAGGUCGUGCAGGUCGUACUGGUCCUGGAAAAUGUUAUCGAUUAUACACUGAACCAGCUUAUCGAAAUGAAAUGUUACCGAAUACCAUCCCUGAAAUUCAACUACUCAAUUUAUCUAUGACCGUUUUGACCUUAAAAGCCAUGGGUGUCAAUGAUUUACUACAUUUUGAUUUUAUGGAUCCUCCUCCUGAAGCCAAUUUGAUUCAAGCGUUGGAACAACUCUAUGCCUUACAAGCUCUGGAUGAUGAAGGAUUGUUAACUCGAUUAGGAAGAAAAAUGGCGGAAUUUCCUUUGGAACCUCAGUUAUCAAAAAUGUUGAUUCAAUCCGUAGAUUUGGGAUGUUCUGAAGAAAUCCUUACUGUUGUUGCUAUGUUGACUGCUGGUAAUGUAUUUUAUCGUCCCAAGGAAAAACAAGCUCAAGCCGAUUCCAAGAAAGCCAAGUUCCAUCAACCUGAAGGUGAUCAAUUAACUCUAUUGACUGUCUACAAUAGUUGGAAAGCAAGUAAUUUUGCUAGUCCAUGGUGUUUUGAUAACUUUAUUCAAGCAAGAAGUAUGAAACGUGCUCAAGAUGUUAGAAAACAAUUGCUGGGUAUCAUGGACAGAUAUAAGCACGAUAUUGUAUCUUGUGGAAACAACUAUACCAAAGUUUGUAAAGCUCUUGUAUCUGGCUAUUUCCGAAAUGCUGCAAAAAAGGAUCCUCAAGAAGGUUACAAAACUUUAUUGGAAGGAACACCAGUAUAUAUUCAUCCUUCAAGUGCAUUAUUCAACAAAGGACCUGAAUGGGUUAUCUAUCAUGAAAUUGUAUUUACUUCAAAGGAAUAUAUGCGAGAAGUUACUGUGAUAGAACCCAAGUGGUUAACGGAAUCAGCACCUACAUUCUUCAAGGUAGCUGAUGCCAAUAAAAUCUCCAAACGCAAACGACAAGAAAAGAUUGAGCCACUAUAUAAUCGAUACGAAAAACCAGAUGAAUGGCGUCUUAGCAAAGUCAAACGUGGUGGAAGAAUCAGUCAAACGUUUGGUUAGAUAUUCCUUUUUUUUUCAUUCUUUAAUUUGUUUAGUUUAUACAAUGUUUUUGUUUUUUAAUAAACUGUAUUUGUUUAUUCAUAUCAA